CGCUUCCAUUCUUCGUUCUCCAGUCCCUCCUCCUCAUCUUCUUCUUCUUCUUCUUCUUCUUCAGCUGAAUCUUCUCCUCCAUGACAGAAUCUCCUGAAACUUCGUCAUGAAAUUGAACCCAGUGCUCUUCUCCUCAAACACAAAGCCCCUUCCCCUUCAUUCUCCGUUCUUUCUCCCUCUACGCACAUCUCCAAUUUCACCCAAGCUCCCAUUAAAACUCAACCUUUACCCCUCCGCUGCCUCCUUCAACCUACCCAAUUCCAUAAUUCGCCAUGGGGAGCGGAGGUAUCGAGCUUCCGCUCGUACCAGCGAGAAAGGUGGGGCAUUUAGCAGUCCCCUGGAGCUCGAGGAGGAGGAGGACUUGUCACCGAACGGCCCAGUUUACAGGAACACGCUGAGGUUGGUGGAGUGUUCCAUGUUUGCUGCGAGCGCUGGACUCGUCUACUUCCUCAGCAAUUCCCUCUCAAUCGAGAAUUAUUUCGGUUGCUUCUUUCCGUUGCCGAUCGUGCUCUCUUCAAUGAGAUGGGGUAUUGCAGGGGGGAGGAAGACUAUGGUUGCUACUGCUGUGCUACUACUAGUGCUGUCAGGCCCUCUGAAAGCAUUAACCUAUCUGCUUACACACGGGGUUCUUGGUUUCGCAAUGGGAUCUUUGUGGAGGUUGGGAGCAAGUUGGAGUGUAUCAAUCUUCUUGUGCAUGCUCGUUCGGGCAGUAGGAGCUUUGGGGUAUGUUACGAUCACUUCGUUCUUAAUAAAAGAAAACAUACUCGAUUUGAUUACAAUAAACCUCCACGCCACUAUCUCAAUCCUGUUCACUGCUUCUGGCAUUAAUAUAAUCCCGUCGAUGGAUCUAAUAUACGCAAUAUUCGGAAUAGUGCUUUUGCUUAAUUCAGUCUUUCUUGUGUUCUUGCUACAUCUACUGUACUCGGUGUUCUUCACGAGGCUUGGGAUGAGGAGUUCGCUGAAUCUUCCAAGAUGGCUAGAGAAGGCGAUAUAGCUGGAUCAGAUUUUUUUCCAAUUUGAUUACACCAUACACUUUAUGUGGAUUGAUAAAAGCAAUUGGAUUACGGUAUCAUCUCGCGAAUUUUCCAGAAACGAUGGACAGGUAGAAAGAAGAGGAGAAUGGUAACUCCAUCCGUGAAACUGUGUAAACCACAGCAAACGCUUAGAUAAGAACAUAAAUUAUUUGAUUGGCACUUACAAUUAGUGGUCAAUACCUCUUGUAUAUUGUUCUCCAGUAUCAUGACCAAAAGAAGGGUCGAAACUUGAUUGUAAUGGUAUUUUUCGUGUGACAUGUAUUAUUGAACAAUACCUGAAUAUUCGGGAACUCUUUAGAUACAAGUUUAACUUGCAGUGCUGAAAAUACCUUGUUAAA